GAUGGAUGAGUUUAACGCAUCUAAGAUAUUUGAUAUUUUCGCUCAAGUUUUUACUACUGCCAACGUUCUGAAUACCGCUUACUGGCCAUUCUUUUCUGCUGUCAAUGGACACUGCUUAUGUGUCUGUGGUCGUUUCGGAAUACCUUGCAGACAUAUUAAAAGUGAUGGUCAUUGGAUAGAUAUGCAGCCCAUUGCACAUGAUACAUGUUCAGCUGUGUUUUAUCCAAAAAGAUAUGGUCCAAUUUUAAUACAGGAUUACGAAAUUUUUAUAAAAACCGUUGAUGGCAGUGGGCAUUAUAAUAUAGGGAUUAUACUCAGCUUACAGUACAAAGAAAAUGAGCGAGGUAGAUUACGUCGAGAAAAAGCUGCAGGAGAUACAUUACAAAAAAACGAUAGAAAGAAACCAUUUCAUGUUUCAAUAUUUUCCAGAUUCUAUACAAUGAACCAGUACUACGCACCGUUUUUUACUGUAAUGUUUAAUCCAAGUCCAUUUUUCUUCGACGCAUACGGUACAAUUUUCAAAAACCUGAUUCAGCUGCGAUCUAAACAAUUUCUAUCUAAUCAUAGAGAACAUCGUCAAUCCUGGUGUAUAACCAAUAGUCAAAUGCCUUCUUUUACUUUCAUUCCAUCCUACGUAAAUUUACCAGUUUUCAAGUUUCCAACGCAACUUUAUGUUUUUAAUCACGUACAACGUAAACAAAAUAGAAUGAUGGAUAAGAGUGUACAAACAGACGAUGGGCAGAAUGUUUCUGGAAUAAUAGUGAAUCAUUUUUCGUUGAAUGACAGAUCUAGUCGUACAUCUUUACAAUCAUCAGCUGCAACUGGAUUCAACUGUCCCUCAAGUGAACAUAUUGCUGCAAUAAGAAACCGCCCUUCUUGGACAUUGAACUUAGAACUUGAUUCUAGUUUUCUAAGUAAAUCUUUCGAUAAUUUCAAGAAUGACUUUCCAUUUUUGGAUCUGCCAAGCUCAAGUAUGAAUAUCAGACAAGAUCAGAAUCAACCAAAAAUUCAAUUGGAUGAGAAUUUGUAUAAUAAAGUUCCAGUUUUGCAUGCUUCGUCACCAACGCCUAUGACCGAUAGUGAAUUCGACGAAGAAUUUCAACUUACCGAAAGUGAUAUAAAAGGGGAUAUACAAGGAAACGAUGGAGAUUUAGAUUGGUGGAAUAUUAAAAAUUUAACUUUGUUUUAAAUUAUUUUUAUGUAUUUGAUAAUAAUAAUAUAUUUAUAUACUCUAUAAACGAUUUUACGAUCGUAAUAAAUAAGGAAACUCAAAUAUGCAAAUGGAAAAUCCAAAAUAUGCGAGUAAAUAUGCAAAUCAUGUAUUAAAAUUAUGCAUUUAUU